AUGCUGGGCUUCGUGUACCCCUGUACAUAUGCACUCCGUAUCGCUCCACGUCGUGCGCACUCCCGGGGCCAGCUGGAGGGCCCCGUUCUUGUUGUCGUACUCCCUGCUCCCCCACCCUCUGCACGUUGCCGUGUCCUGUCUCCAUCUCCUGCAGCUUACCUAGGUCUUCUUCAAUUCGUACAUCUGUAA